ACAAGACGUAAUAAGAAGUGUUUUUACAAAGUUUGUUAAGUUUCAGUUCCACUUUCUGUUUAGGAAAAGUGAAAUUACCAAGCCCAACACAGUCCCAUAGUCUCAUUCACACUGUAACUAUGGACGAAGAAGAAGUGGUUUUAUGUAAUCACUGCAAAAAAGAGGUGGCGAAGGCAAACUAUGACCUGCACAAACCACACUGUGAGAGGUUUCUGUGUACAUGCCCCGACUGUGAUGAAACAGUGCCUCGAGAUCAACUGGAGGAGCAUAAAACCGAACAGCACACAGAGGUAAAAUGUAAGAUGUGCAAUAAAAAGAUGGAGCGAAGGCUUCUUUUGGAUCAUGAGAAAGACGAGUGCACCGAGAGGCCUGAGAUCUGUGAAUUUUGUCAGCUCGAGCAACCUCUGAGCAAUCUAAAAGAGCACCAAGUGGCCUGUGGGAGUCGCACGGAGCGCUGCUCUGAUUGCGGCCAGUACGUUAAACUGAUGGACCAGCUUGAUCACCCUCAGAUCUGCUCUACUAGCACUCCCACAUCGUCAAAGAACCUUGUUGUUGAAGAUGAUAACUCUGAAACCGAAGACGAGACGAUGUUGCAGUGUCAGAACUGUCUGAAAUACAUUUCCUCAGACAACCUGAAGGAGCACAAGGUGUUUUGCAAACCGUUCUUAAAGAAUACAGACAACGAGGAUGAUGACUCAGAGGAUGAGGAUGAAAAUCCGAAUCCUGGAAAUGACAACACUCCAGAUUCUGCAGAUUUGUCUUUCUUGUCAUUUAAAAAGACAAAGAAAGACAACUACAUUGACAUGGACCUGGAUAAGAUAAGCACCUGUCCGGUCUGUCAUCUGGCUCUUCCUGUAAAGACGCUCGAAUGGCAUGAGAAAAAAUGUGAAUUAUACAAGCAUCUGAGCAUGGCAUGAUGGCUGGUGAAAGCAAAGCUAAAUAUGAUUGCUGGAAACUGCAAACUCGCCAAUCAUCACAAAUAAUAAUACUGAAUGUUUUGUUUUGGAAUUAAUAUAUUAAAAACAUGUUUACAGUACUUCUUAUUAUCAGUUAUCUGUUUAAAUUUGAAAAAUGAUAUCUUUAAAAUGUACUUAUUAGGCCAUGUGAAGGAAAAAUAAUGCUAAAUUUCUUUAUGUGCAUACUUUAUGUUAUUACUGACUAUUGGCACAAGAUGGCAGAGUUUCCUUAAAGGGAUAGUUCACCCAAAAAUGAAAAAUUUGUCAUCAUUUACCCUCAUGUCAUUCCAAUAUUGUAUAUGUUUCUUUUUUUACCUUGAACAUAAGAGAAGAUAUUUUGAAUAAUGCUAUUAAUAAAACAGUUUGGUUCUACAAAAUAUCUUCUUUUUUAUUCAGCAUAAGAAAGAAACUCAUACAGGUUUGGAACAAAGUGAGAGUGAGUAAAUGAGGACAAAAUAUUCAUUUUUGGGUGAACUAUUCCUUUAACAACUUAAUUUUCCUAUAGUAUCUUUUAAUAAAGAUUACUUAAUUAAUAUGUUUAAGUACAUUUUGAAAUGUCUUUUUUUUUUUUUUUUUUUUUUUGCUCUGUUUAGUGUGUAUUUUUUCUAGAAUUUAUUAUUAGAAUUGUAUUUUUGGUGGUGGUAAAUUUAGUAAUAAUUGAAUCCAAUAAAAUUCCGUAAAGAGGGUUGUAAAAAU